CACCAACGUCACGCACGUUCCUUCCUUCUUCCUUCCGCAACCAUGUCCAUGGCGAAAAUAUCCACCCCGCGGUUCCUGACAUCGCUGCGCGCGAUCCCGCACCUCCCACCGAACAGCUGGUACUACCUCGCGUCGGUGACCUUCGCAGUGCUGAACCGGCCGCUUGAGAUCCCCGCGAUCUACACUGCGGCGUCAGCUGCUUCGGCUGCUUCGGCGGCGGCGGUGGGGGGGUCUCCGGCGGCAGAGCGCGCGGUCCUCGACCGCACGCGCGAAGCCCUGCUCAAGGCCUCCGCCAUCGGCGGCCUGCCCAGCUCCAUCAACGCGCUGAACGCGCUCAAGGCCGUUGUGCCGCCGGAGCUGCUGGACGCGCCGAGUCCGACUGCGCGCGCGGAGGGCGUGCGUAUGCACGCCGGCCAGAUGCUGUGGGAGAGUAUCUAUGGAAAGGUCGGCCCGCGAGUCAUGAGCGGUAUGCGCAGGAGCUACGAUGAUCUCGGCACCGUCGCUGCGCUGGUAUAUGCGGGCGUCCUCGCUGAGGAGGCCGUGUUGUCGAAUAAGGAGACUGGCUGGGUCCUUGUUGCGGGCCUGGUCACCGGUGGUGAGGCUUGGGCCGCGCAGAGGAAGGGGCAUAGAAGGGGGUGCGUCAAUAACGGGGCUACGUGGGAGGAGGUCGAGGCGGUCGAGACUAUGGCGGAGAGGAUCGUCGACGAGGUAAAGCGAGUAUCGAGAGGAGAGGAAGACGAACUAUUGAGGGCAACAUAGACAUGUCGGGAUUGAUUUCACUCGACAAUCCGCAUCUACAUACGGUAUCUAAUUCACAUAUGGCAUAUGCAUCUUCGCCUAUGGCAUAUGCAUCUUCGCCUAUUCCCACACGUUCCCUUACCAUUGAACAUUGAAGCCUGACCGCUCGGGUAUGUAUGUACAUAGAGUACCGGCACAAUUGCAUCCC